ACCUAAUUAUAUAGUUCAAAAUUGUAUAAAAAAAUAUCGAUUCAAUGAUUGUGUGUACAACAGAAAGAAUUUGAGAGAAAAAGAUCAAUGGAAGCAGGAGAAAAAAUUAUGAUUAUUAUAGAAAUAAAUUUAUAAAAGUUUUGAUCAUUAUUGAUUCUACACAAAUUCUGACAAAUUUCAGAUCGAAACCACAAAUUUCGUUAGAUAAAAUAAAAUAUUUGCAAAAAUUUUAACAUUUGUCAUCGUUACGUACUACCGGAAUGUUCUUACGUAUUCAUGAAUUCAGCUAUGGCCAAAUUAAACAAUUGGUCCAACGCAAAGAUGAUUGUCGUUUACGAACGAUACAUCGAUUGGAAGGGACCAUCAUAAUAUUCAAUAUUUUUCGUGCCAUAGCCAUUUUAUUGAUGCUUAGACGGCCGGAUUUAUUUCCAUUGUUUAAAUAUGAACAUUUUUGCCAUUUUAUAUGGCAACAUCGUAAUAUUUAUAAUGAAUUUUUACUAUUACUAUUGAUAUUAGUACUCGCACUCAUUAUUGUUGGUUUGAAUACAUUCUACCUUUGUGACACACAAUCAUUAUCCUUUCAAGUUCUUUACGAUAUAAUGGUCAUCAAUGUUGAAAAUUAUCGUAGAUGUCGUAUAAAGAAUCCGAUAAUCAUAAAACAUGCAAUCGAGCAUCGACGGCAAAAAUAUCUUCGAAAACGUAUGGCUAUGAGCAAACCAAUCAUACCAUUAGUCAUUUAUAGUCAAUUCUGCUGGUUAAGAGCAUGGUUUGAUUCUUGGAUCGAAAUGGAAUCAUUUCGAUUGAAUAGACACAGGUUCAAGAAUAAUCCGAUGAAAUUAUUUUCAAAAGCACCAUUACGUAAAAGAGUCUAUCUUGUCAUUUUUAUGAUGAUACAAGAUCAAUUCAAUUUUAUUCUCAAUUUAAUUUCAAUGAUGUUAACAAUUUACGUAAUCAUAUUCUUUAUUUUGGAAUUUUUUCACAAUUAUGUCGAAAGUUUUGGCAUAUGGAUAAUCAUAAUCAUUGAUCUAUCAGCUGUAUUUAAUGGAGCGAUAAAUCUUUUACAAUGCGGCCUAUUGACCAUAUUCGCGGCAUCAACAUCAUCAUUAAUAUAUUGUCUUUGUUUUCGCAGCCUGAAUAAAAAACUCCGUUCAUUAAUACAAAAUAAGAGCCCAAAUCAAUAUUUUUCACCAAUGAAUUUUUGGCAAUUACAAUUUAUUUGUACUGAACAUAAUCGUCUAUGUGGUUAUAUAAUACGUACUGAUCGUGAAAAAUGGAGUAUGGCAUUAUGUCAAUUACUGAUGGUUGGAAUACCGAUGAAUGUAUGUUUCGUAUGCGUUCUAAUAUUUGGCCAUCCAAGUCAACAUGAACGUUUGAUCUAUUGGUUUAUAACGGCAUUACAUGCAUUCAGUUCGAUUAUACCGACAGCAUCAUUAGCUCAUAUUAAUUCUUAUAUUGAACAUAUUCGAUCAUAUAUUUCAACGGGUAUCCCAUCUUUACGACAUUUACGAUUGAAAUUGAAAUAUGAAAAUCUUUAUGCUAGUCUCAUGUAUGGUGAACGUUAUUGUUUUACAUUUGGUUAUUUUGGUAGCGUUACUUACACUACACUUUCCAAGGUUUAAAUUCAACAUUUGUCUUCGUUACUUGCGACCAAAAUGUUCUUACGUAUUCAUGAAUUUAGCUAUGGCCAAAUUAAACAAUUUGUCCAACGCAGUGGUGAUUGUCGUUUACAAACAAUACAUCGAUUGGAAGUGGCCAUCGCAAUAUUCUACAUUUUUCGUGCAAUGGCCAUUUUAUUGAUGCUUAGACGGCCGGAUUUAUUUCCAUUGUUUAAAUAUGAACAUUUUUGCCAUUUUAUAUGGCAACAUCGUGACAGUUAUGAUGAAUUUUUACUAUUACUAUUGAUAUUAAUAAUCGCACUCAUUGUUGUUGGUUUGAAUACAUUCUACCUUUGUGACACACAAUCAUUAUCCUUUCAAGUUCUUUACGAUAUAAUGGUCAUCAAUGUUGAAAAUUAUCGUAGAUGUCGUAUAAAGAAUCCGAUAAUCAUAAAACAUGCAAUCGAGCAUCGACGGCAAAAAUAUCUUCAAAAACGUAUGGCUAUGAGCAAACCAAUCAUACCAUUAGUCAUUUAUAGCCAGUUCUACUGGUUAAGAGCAUGGCUUGAUUCUUGGAUCGAAAUGGAAUCAUUUCGAUUGAAUGGACACAGGUUCAAGAAUAAUCCGAUGAAAUUAUUUCCAAAAGCAUCAUUACGUACAAGAGUCUAUCUUGUCAUUUUUAUGAUCAUAGAGGAUCAAUUCAAUUUUAUUCUCAAUUUAAUUACAAUGCUGUUAUUAAUUUGCGUAUUCAUAUUCUUUAUUUUGGAAUAUUAUAACAAUUAUGUCGAAAGUUUUGGCAUAUGGCUAAUAGUAAUCAUUGAUUUAUCAGCUUCAUUUAAUGAAUCGAUGAAUCUUUUACAAUCAGGUCUAUUGACCAUAUUCGCGGCAACAACAUCAUCAUUAAUAUAUUGUCUUUGUUUUCAUAAUCUGAAUCAAAAAUUUCGCUCAUUAAUACAGAAUAUGGAGUCGAAAAGACAUUUUUCACCAAUGAGUUUUUGGCAAUUACAAUUCAUUUUCUUUGAACAUAAUCGUCUUUGCGGUUAUAUAAUACGUACUGAUCGUGAAAAAUGGAGUAUGGCAUUAUGUCAAUUACUGAUGGUUGGAAUACCGAUGAAUGUUUGUUUCGUAUGCGUUCUAAUAUUUGGCCAUCCAAGUCAAAGUGAACGUUUGAUCUAUUUGUUUAUAACGGCAGUACAUACAUUCAGUUCGAUUAUACCGACAGCAUCAUUAGCUCAUAUUAAUUGUUAUAUUGAACAUAUUCGAACAUAUAUUUCAACGGGUAUCCCAUCUUUACGACAUUUACGUUUGAAAAUGAAAUAUGAAAAUCUUUAUGCUAGUCUUAUGUAUGGUGAACGUUAUUGUUUUACAUUUGGUUAUUUUGGUAGCGUUACAUACACUACACUUUCCAAGGCUAUAAUCGCUUAUAUUUCAAUAUUCAUUUUAAUAGCCAAUUUUUAUCUGAAACAUUUCUGUUUGUAAAUUUGAAUUACAGAUAUGGUAUCUUACUUAGGAACAAGUCCGUUUCAGAAGAAAAUUCUUAACUUGAAUUUGUUGAUUGUAUCAUUUAGUAU